GAGAUGCUUCGAGAACCAUUGGCGCGAAUGAGGCGGCUUCUGGAGAUUCACCAUCAGCUUUCUAACAAAGAGAUGGAGAUAAGAGCUGUUCAUUUUGGAGUCAUUCUUGAGAGGGAGUGGUAUCUGCGAAAACUACGAGCGCUUGAGGAUGUUGUGGGCCCUCCGAGAGACGUGGACGUUCUACGUGAACCUGGGGGAAGUGAGCAAUCGGCGACUCUUGCAUUUGCCGGAGCGGUGCGGAGUAUUCUGUACGAGGAUAGCGACGAUUUCAGCCUCGUUGGCGCAAAAUGGUGACAGCUCAGCACCUUCACCGCCGCUUCCACCUCGCCCACGCUGUGCCAAACGUGUUGCCACGUGGCACAAAAUCACAGCCUAGAUUGCUCUUGUGAGUUUUCACCGUGGACUAAUCAAUCUCCUCUUCCCGCCCACUUGCACCUUGUUCUUCUUCUCUCUCUUUUCUUUUCUUUUUUUUUUUUUUCUUUUUUUUUUUUUUUUUGGUCCAUUUCUCAGUAAUUCAAGCGGAUCCUCUGCGAUCCACCAUUCAUUCAUCCUUGUGCAGGGGCCAUGGUAAUCUUCUCCGCACCACACCGUUUUUCACAGAUGCCCCCACCACUCUGUUUUUUUUUUUCUGUUACUCCUCUGCUUCCACUGGAGUUUGAACUCAGCACCUGGUCUCUAUUUCAAGAGUGUUCAGGCAGGGGUGUUCCAACUGAGCCAGGCCAGUUGGUGGAGAUGUCCCCACUGCCAUGAUUUCGUCAAAAUGGACAUGUUUUAUUUUUUGAACGAAACUGAAACCGAGUUUUUUGGCCGAAAAGUAGUCCAAAUUUGCUUGCUCCCGAGGGUCCCGCAUUAUUAAAAACGCUGGACCCGCUGGAUGUAUGUGUGUGGACUUCGCUGGAGACGAGAGACAUCCAGGCGGGACCCUGGAGACCUGUGCUACCCAAUAGAUUGCCAGGCCAUUAUCACUGUAUCUAUACUGCAAGUUGCGGCAAAUACAGCGAUAAUGACCGGGUGUUCGAUUCGGGUCACAACAGGAGGGCUGCAAUGGGUGUGGUAUGCUAGCGGCAACCGCGCACUCAGGGAACUUCAGCUGUGCCUCGGCAGCUGCGUCUGCAUCUGUGCUGCGGUGUGUACAGUUCAGGUCCAGGGCUUAGGUGUAACUGGAGCUGCUUGCUGCAGCGGAAAUUGACGCUAACCGUAGCUGUGUUAUGGUAAUGGCAGCUGCGCUUUGGUAACUUGACUUGUGCCACAGUAACUCCGUCUGCGCUGCGGUAACUGGAGUUAAGCUGCGGUAAGUGGAGCUCGUGUGUGCUGCUGGAUGCAGCCGUGCUUGGGUACCGUAAUCGUAGCUGUGCUAUGCUAACCGCAGCCACACUCUGCUAACUGUAGUUUUGUCACUGUAACUGCACUCGCACUAUGGUAAGUAGAGCUGUGCUACUUGCUGCAGCUGAGCUUUCGUAACAUAACUGUAGCUCUGCUAUGCUUUGCUGUUCGCAGCAGCUGUGAUUAUGUACCUGAAUUGUAGCUGUCUCUGCAUUUUGGUAACCAUACCUGUGCUACGGUAACUGCAGCUGCGCUCCCGUAACUAGAGAUAUGCUCUCUGGCAACCACUGGCUGUGCUAUGGUAACUGCAGCUGCGCUUUGGUCGCCGGAGAUAUGCGCUUUGGUAACCAUUAGCUGUGCUACGGUAACUGCAGCUGCGCUUUGGCAACUGGAGAUAUGCGCUUUGGUAAGCAUUAGCUGUACCAUGGGUAACUGCAGCUGCGCUGCUUUGGUAACUGGAGAUACAUGCUUUGUUAACCAUUAGCUGUACGAUGGUAACUGCAGCUGCGCUUCCAUAAGUGCAGAUAUGCGCUCUGGUAACCUUUAGCUGCACUUAGGUAACUGGAGAUAUGCGGUUUGGUAACCAUUAG